AUGGACAGUGGUUGUACAAACACCGCCAUUUGUAAUGUUAAGCUCAUGCAUGGACUCUGUCAUGCUGAGAAGGAACUUGAUAUGCACACUAACAUGGGCAGCAGAGUUCUCGACAAAGAAGGUUUUCUAAUAAAAUUUUCGCCUCCAGUUUAUCACGAUGAAGAUGGAAUUGCCAAUGCACUUGCUAUGUGCGAGAUGAUUGCAACAGAAUACUGCAUUGCUAUGGAUACUGAUGCUGACAACGCCGUUUUUCUGCAUUGUGAUGGAAACAGAAGGAUGCGAUUUGUGAAUUGUAAGGGUGUGUAUGUGUUGGAUCAACCUGGAACUAAUGUUGAACCAGGUGCCAAAGAGACAAGUGCGAUGUACAUUUGCCAGUUAAACAACUUAAAUAAUCAACCCAUUUUCAAACUUUCUUCAAACAAACAGAAUGGAUAUGCUGGACUCCAAAUGACCUCCAAGAUGGCAACUGUUUGA